ACGCGGUUUGCGGAGUUAGGCGAAAACAUGGCUGCCGCCGGUCUGGCGCUUAUUUGCAAGAGAGUUUCAGCCGCCCUGAAGGCGUCCGCGUCGUUGCUAACUCCGCAGGUCCCUGCCUGCACAGGGUUUUUUCUUAGUUUGCUGCCUAAAAGUACACCAAAUGUGACAUCCUUUCACCAGUAUAGAUUACUUCAUACCACAUUGUCAAGGAAAGGACUAGAAGAAUUUUUUGAUGACCCAAAAAACUGGGGGCAAGAAAAAGUAAAAUCUGGAGCAGCAUGGACCCGUCAGCAACUAAGGAACAAAAGUAAUGAAGAUUUACAUAAACUUUGGUAUGUCUUACUCAAGGAAAGGAACAUGCUCCUAACCCUACAGCAGGAGGCCAAGCGGCAGAUAUUGCCAAUGCCAAGUCCAGAGCGGCUGGAGAAGGUAAUAGAGUCCAUGGAUGCUUUAGAUACCGUUGUCCAGGAAAGAGAAGAUGCCAUAAGGCUUCUUCAGACUGGUCAAGAAAGAGCUCGACCUGGUGCUUGGAGAAGAGACAUCUUUGGAAGAGCCAUCUGGCACAAGUUCAAGCCGUGGCCUUUACCUUGGCACCUAAAUAAAAGAUACAAUAGGAAACGAUUCUUCGCAAUGCCGUAUGUGGACCGUUUUCUCAGAUUGGAACGUGAGAAACGAGCCCGCAUCAAAGCACGGAAGGAAAAUUUAGAGAAAAAGAAAGCAAAAAUUCUUCUAAAAAAGUUUCCACAUCUCGCGGAAGCCCAGAAGUCAAGUCCUGUCUAAGAAGUCUGAACUCUUGGGUCGGGCGCGGUGGCUCAAGCCUGUAAUCCCAGCACUUUGGGAGGCCUA